CUUCAGUUGGUAAACUUAAUGUUUUCGAAGCGUCUUGUACACUUUGUAAGUGACUGAUUGUGCUGCUCAUCAAACUAAUAAUACAAAGUCGAAAUUAAUGUACAGCAUAAACGCUAAUCUUAUUUAAUUCCCAUAUGAAUUGACUAUAUGUUCACUUAAUAAGAGAAUGACGCAUGUGAAUUAGAUAUAAAAUGCUCAUCCUGUGCUCUCCUGUAAAAGUAUUCGACGAGAUGAUGUCAUGUUUCGUCGUCGAUGGAUAAAAAAAAUUGUAGGCUACGUAUUGGACGCACCAACUCGUGUCUAGCCGAACUGUCUCGCGCCUAAACCCUGACAGAAUGAGAUUCGUUUUUGUUAUGCAUGUGAAAGAAAUCGAAAGCAAACCAGAGCGGGUUGCUUUCAUUUUCUCCUCUCAAUUGGACCGAUGCGUUAUGCCACCAGCGCUAAUGGAUGAGGAUGGAGAGGAUGGACUUGUCGGGGGACGCCCUGACAUUGGUAGCCCAGGAGGCCAGUGCACUGGUGGACUUGCUCUGCGAACAGGAUAGUAGUGUUUUGGACUUUAUCUUUGACUUGUUGGAACCUAACACACAGGAUAAGAUACGGUCACUUGUUAACAAUAGAGAUCGUGUCUCAGCCAUUGUGGAGUACUUCAAGACUUCAGACGAUAUCACAUGUAGAAAGUUUUUCUGCACCAUAUAUCAAAACUGUAAUAACAUCCCUUUCUAUCUUGAAACUACACUGGUGUCCAUAGCUGGAGAUCCAAUUGAUAAUUAUUCUUCAGCAAGAAAUGUGAAACGUCUACGACUAGAUCCUUUACAGAGCUACACAGAUGCUCUGAAAACAAUGGUAAUGGAAAAACACAAGACAGUGAUGCAGAGUGUGGUAAGGGGCAUACGUCUAGAUGACACAUGGGUGCAUUUAAAGCACAGAAACCCUCCACGAGCAAAAGACAGGACCUUCCAGCUUCAAGCCUCUCUAGACAGCCAUGAAGGGGAAGAGUCAGAACACAAAGUGUCCGUUGAGUCUCUUUUGAAAACCACUGGCAGGGUUGUUGUGCUGCUGGGUCAGGCUGGAUCUGGUAAAACCCUGCUGGUGCACUGCCUCGGCCAUAGCUGGGCUGAAAACACCUUCCCGUCUAUUCACCUGCUGUUUCUGCUGGAGUUCCGGCAGCUCAAUCUCAUAUCUCGAGAUCUGUCCUUGAAAGAAUUGCUUUUUCUCUUCUAUCCUGCUUGUACAUAUGUUGAGGAACAAAAAGAAGCGGUGUUUGCAUUCAUCCUCUCACACCCGGAUAAAGUCUGCUUCAUAUUAGAUGGGUAUGAUGAGUUUAGAGCCAAAUUUACAGAUCCUAGAGAACUUGAGAGCACCGUUGACCUGAGCAAACCACUGACAAUGGCCGAUCUACUCUCAGGACUCUGCAGUCGUAAAAUCCUUGCAGAUUGCACUGUUUUGGUCACUUGCAGACCAAGAGAUGUGACAGAUAUGUUUGGAAGCCCUGGGCUCAUAACCUGUGAGCUUCAGGGGUUUGACCGAUUGGGUGUGAAGGAAUACGCUGAGCAGUACUUCCAUGAAAAAGGAGAUCUCAAAAUAAAGGCUGUAAACUUGUUGAUGGAUAAUCGUCACCUCUUUUCCAUGUCUCAUGUGCCUGGACUCUGUCAUAUCUGCUGUAUAUGUGUGGAUCAUCUGUUCUCCUGUGGUGAAGUGAUGGAUCAUCAGAUUCCAACAUCUUUAACCCAAAUCUACAUCAAGAUCCUGUUGGCAUUCCUCAGUCGGUUCAAUGAAGAUGGAGUGUCUAAAACAUCUCUGCUUAUGAGAUACAGGACUAAAAUUGUUGAGAUGAGCCAACUGGCUCUCAGAGGACUGGAAGGAAGUACCAUAGUCUUCAUGGAAACUGAAGUAUCUAAGGAACUCCAAGAUUUUGGUGUCAGAAGUGGGAUACUUUCUCGCGUAAAGCUUACGCAUGAGGAUGGAUCUUCAGGAUACGGUUUUACCUUCAUGCACCUUACAAUGCAAGAGUUUCUUGCUGCUCUCCACCUCAUGACUAGUCAGAACAUUACAGAUGGUCAACUUAAGAAGAAGCUAAACUUGAAAACCAGAUGGACCACCAAGACUGACCCAAAAUCCAUCUUUACAGACUCUAUCCAUCUUUACGUAUGUGGGCUUGCGGCAGAGGCCUGCACUUCCAGUUUGGUCCAACUUAAAGGAGCAGAGAGUGAGACGGCUUGGGUAAAAAAGCGACAAGCUGCUGUUCGUAAUGUUUUACUGGGUUUAGCGGGAGGUGCCAGUCACACAGGUCCAAAAAUUGUGGAGCUGUGCCGAUGUGCUCAUGAGACACAGGAUGUGAAACUGGCAAAGGCUAUUGGUUCAAGACCACAGAUUGAACUGCGAAAUAUCAGACUGAAUGCUGUUGACAUGGAUUCCCUCGCAUUUGUAACAGCGGCUGCUGAUCAAACUGUAUGUCUAGACUUUGGUGGAUGUUCAAUUGACUUGGAUUGUUUGGAAAUUCUCCCUAGUUUCAAGAACGUGGAUCACCUCAUUUUCCGUAGCCGGAAAUAUGAUGACAAAUUUGCAGAGACUUUGUGUGGUAUCCUGUCUAAACUCCAAGCCUUGCAACAAUUAGAUUUUAUCAGUGGAGGCCUCACCGAUGUUGGAGCGGCUAAACUUGCCAGGGCGUUAGAGGAUUGUCCAAACAUCACACACCUCAAUGUCAGUGAUAACUCUUUGAAAGAUGAGGGUAUAAGAGAGAUUGCGGAAACAAUGUCCAGGCUGCACAACAUCUCCUCUAUUUUAAUGGGGAAGAACAACAUUUCCACAGAUGGGAUCCUCGCACUGAUUGAGAGAAUGGCCGCUUGCACCUCUGUUCAAGAACUCCAUGUUGAGGGGAAUAAAGAGGUCAACCUUAGCUUCUCAAAACGCUCUGACACAGUCGGUGAAAACAAUGACAUGAAAAACACAGAAGAGACAAAGAAUGUAAUCUUGAAGCAUUGUAACCUCACAGCUUCCCAUGUGGCCAGCUUGUGUAAUAAACUCAGGGGCUUUGCCUUCCUAAUGCUUUUAGAUUUGUCCAGCAACUCUCUGGGUAGCAUAGGCCUAAAGAAAAUUCUGGACUUUCUGCCUAAACUAGGAGCAAUUCAGGAGAUUAAUAUCAGUGAAAAUGGUGUUGAUAUGGAUGGUGUGGUGAUGCUUGCUUCUGCCCUCUGUAAACAGAACAACUUAAAAAGAGUGGAUGCAAGUGAAAAUGGAAAGAAAAAAGUGGUUCUUGGGUUUGACGUCCGCAGACGGCAUAAUUUAGAGGAGCUGUCCCAAAAUGAAACUGGGUUGCAUCUGCUCAAAAAACUGAGUUUAACCCAUAGUGAUAUCCAACCUGCAUACAUGACCAAGCUGUGUAAGCAACUGGUUAAGUGCAAAAACCUACUGGACAUUGAGUUCUCCAAUCUAAUAUUAACCGAUGAUUCUGUUGAGAAAUUGAUUUUGAUGCUUCCUUCAAUGUUGUCUCUUCAUGUACUGAACUUAAGUCAUGUUGAUCUGUCUACAAAUGGGGCAUUGAUAUUGGUCAGAUCUCUUGCCGAUUGUCAACGUGUCACUGCUGUUGAACUCAGGCACCAAGCUGAAGCAUUCAUCAAAUUUGUUCCUGAGAAAGCUGAGGUAGCAAUUUGCAAGCUCACAGAGUAUAAUCUGAGCAAAACCAACGUCGUGAAGCUCUCGAAGAUACUGGAGAGCUGUCCUCAUCUGUCUGAACUGGACUUGUCUCGUAACGUUCUCAGAGAUGAAGGUGUGAAGUGUUUUGUUGACCAUUUGCCCAAACUAAAGAUCUCCAGCUCAGUGAGCCUCAUCGGCAACCGAAUGACUCAAAUCGGGGCACUGCAUCUGGUCAACUCAAUGAAUACCUGUGAAAAAGUUGUUGCCGUCGAAGUCAGUCUCGGAGUGGAAGAUCAGUCUCUGAUUCAGUUUGUGCAAGAACAUGCCAAUGGCAAGACUCUUAGACUAAGGGAGUGCAGUUUUGAGCUUGCACACUUGAAGAUGCUUGUGAAAAUCCUGAAAAAAUGCCCAAGACUACUUUCAUUAGAAUUGUCUUCAAAUUCACUGAACAGUCAAGGACUUUUUUCCUUACUGGAUAGCCUGGCGGAACUAUCCACAAUCCAAACUUUAACAUUGAGAAAUAAUGGUCUGAAUUCUGAGCAAAUUGAGCAUUUCGUUAAACAGUGUAGUCGCUGCAACCAGCACAGAGACAUCAGAAUUGAAGAGCCAUGGAUGACAGGAAGUGCUGCUAUCGGCCUCAUUGCCAGAUGCCUCAGUCUGCAGCAGCACAUCAGAGAAAUCAGGAUCAACCGUGCAUCCAUAAACAUGAUUAUUGAAGCCGAUUCCAUUUCCAGCUCCACUUCAGUUGGUUAUGCUGAAAAUGUGUUGCCUGCUCUGCAGUCUAUCAGCUUUGAUGACUGUGAUGUAGAAGGACAGCACCUCACUUCUCUCACGCUUCCCAUCCAGAAAUGUCAUGCCUUACUGGAUAUAAGGUUUUCUCCAAUUAAAUUGGGCAGAAUAGGUGCAGAGUUUUUUUCCGCAGUCAUUCCGUCCUUACCGAAUCUCAGAAACAUCACUCUGGAUCUGAAAGGAGCUGCUGAGGAGGAAGUGGAAACUCUUGCUGAGGCCCUACCAAACACUCCAGCCUUUGAGAGUCUGAGCUUGUCCCAGCUUGUCCUAAGUGACCGUGGAGCUGCACUAUUUGGGAAAGCUCUUCAAAAUGUGCCAAAUCUGAAGGCAUUCAGUAUGUUGCAGUGCUCAGGUUGGACAGCAGCUCGAGGGUGUGACUUGGUCAGAGCUCUGAUGCAGUGUGUCUUGCUGAGAGAAAUACGACUGGACUCUGUGGUACUCGAUGAGGAGGGUAUAAAUAAGCUAGCUCAAGGCUUGAGUCGACUGGCCUCACUUCAGAGGCUCAGUUUGAACAACAUUACAAUGUUGACAUCUGAGACUUUUGUGAAUGGCUCUGGCAUACUCUGUCUACUGGCCUCUUUUAAGGGUUUCAGACAGAUGGAGGAGAUUGAGUUGGAAAGUUGGCGGAUGGGAGAUGGUGGUACUAAUGAGCUUGUGAAAUACAUUCCUUCAUGGACAGGGCUGGUGAAAAUAAGUCUGUCAGAAAACAUUGUGACUGACGAGGCCGGAGAGAAACUACUCACAGCACUUUCCCACUGCAGAGCUCUUCAGAAACUAAAGUUGUCUAAAAACAGGCUUGGUCAGGCCAGUGCUGCUAAGCUUGCCAAAAUUCUUCCAUUGCUACCUCAGCUUUCAGAACUCAAUUUGUCAGAGAAUCAGUUUGGCCCACAAGGAUCCAGUGUUCUUUGUGAAGGUUUGGUGAGCAUGAAGGCACUGAAAAUACUACAUUUGACUUCGGUUGAGUCUUCAGAUCUGGUUGGUGUGGCUUCAUCCCUAAAACAUUGUCCAGCCAUAGAGGACGUCAGCUUGUCAUGGAAUGGAUGUGGUGACAGUCUUGCACGGGCACUGGCUGAGAUUCUGCCCUUGUGUACAAAGCUGAAAAGACUUGACCUGGAGGCCAAUAACAUAACCACAGCAGGAGCCACACUGAUUGCCAAAUGCCUCCCAUUAUGCCCAUCCAUUGAAGUUAUAAGACUCUGGAGGAACUCAAUUGCCAAAGAUGAUGAAAAUCUGAAAGAUCCCAAACUGAACUUUUCAUCGGUUUAAUGUCUUUCUUUCUAUUUUGCAUUAAUUUUUUUGUGUUUUACUUUUUUAUUUUAUAAAUACUACUUGUUCUGUUCUAUUUGCAUUUUUAGUUUAGUGCUAUUUGCACUAUUUACCCAGGGAACACAUUACCUCAUUUGAGCAAUUCAUUACACCAAACGUUUCCAGCAGUUCAGGGAUGGAUAAUCUUUUAAUGUCCCCGUAAUAGAAACAAUAUUCUCUAGUCAGUAAAAAGAAAGAGCAUGUGAAAUAGCUCAAGAGCAUUUUUAUAGCUAAAAAAUAUGUCUAAGCUAGAUAGCACGUUGAAGCAGGCAGCUCUCUUGAUGCUUUAGCACAAUCAUGCUCUUUCUUUGCUGAUCCACUGACAUCUAUUAGAGGCAUUUAUGCACUGAUCCACCUUGGACAUCACCCUGUUGUGUUCCCUUUAAAUUACGUAUUUAUAUCUGCAUUUGACUUGAUCUGCUCAGCUUUCAUCUAUAGACUAUCAUUUUUUUAUUAUUUUUGCUUUAUUCUGUAGUAGCUUUCAAGUGAAACUGCACAGUGCUUGCAUUACUGAAACACAAAACUACUUUCGUUGUUACAGUAGUUGCACUGAUCAGUUUACAAUUAUUACACCUGUUCAUCUGCUGUUUUUUGUGCAGUUUAAUAAAGCUGAUUAAUCACU